ACAUUCAAAGAUGAGAAUAGCUAUUUUGAAAUGCAAAGAACUAAAAGCAAUCGAUUUAAACAACGGAUAUUUCGUGAAAGAUUGAAACGUGUGGUAAGAGUGAAAUCACUUACCCUUUGGCAUCGCCAUUGGGAAAGAGAGAAAAAUUGUGACUUGGUCACUGCAUUCUUUCUCUCUUUUCUCUCCCAUUUGAACACUUCAUCAAACACAUGGUGCCCUCACUCUUCACCACAAUACUAGAUAUUCUCUACUUGCAAAGAUUGGAUUUUUCCACAUUAUUUGGGUCUCAUCCCUCCAUUACUAUUUCCCCAUUUUCCCUUUCAAAUUUACUUCUCACUUUUUUCUUCUUUCUACUCAUUGAUUUAGUUUUGCCUCCGUUUGUUAUAUACUCUUUCUUUAUACCUUAACCAAUUUCAUUUGGCUGUUAUUGUUGGUUGAUUUUGAGCUAUAAAGUUUGGUUUUUGAGAAAUGGGGUGUGUUUGAAUCUGUGGUUUUUUCUUCUCAAUUCUCUAAUGUGUUCCCCUUCCUUAUUGGUAAUGUACAAUCACAAAAACUGUUUCAUGGAAGCUGGUUAAUGUUGAAUAUGUGUUGCCCCUUGAUUUGUUUUUAUAGGUUCCUAUUAUUGGCAAUUUUAUUUCUUGUAAAUUAAGGUAUCUCUGUGUGCAAUCGUAACUGCAGAGACUAAUUCCUCGAGGUGACUGAGAUCUAUUGUAAAUUCUAUGUGAAAGGAAUGGACAUUAUAUGUUUUGUAAAUUUGGAAAAGAUAAGAAGUUUUUUGUGAGUGGAUAGAGUGUGGAAAAAGACUAGAAUGAAAGGGGCAAUUGAUGAGGGAAAGGAUGUAAGUCCAAUGUUCCCUAGGUUGCAUGUUAAGGAUGCAGAGAAAGGAGGACCAAAAGCACCUCCAAGGAAUAAGAUGGCUUUAUAUGAACAAUUUAGUAUCCCUUCACAAAGUAUUGCAGCAGGAGGACCGGGUUCAGGAUCCUUGUUUUCUCUGCCUUUAAGAAACUGCGCAGUUCCUGCAACAUCAAGCCAUCUUGGUUGUAAUCAAAGCAUCAAGUUCUGCAGCUCCAAUUCCAAUGCAAUUUCUAUUCUAUCUGAGAAGACUCAAGCCUAUAAUUCAAGAAAGAUUAACUUAACGAAGUUGACCGUGAGCCAUGACUUAGAACACAUGAAACCUGCAAAACAAACUACCAAACUUCAGCAAGAUAAUUACAUCAAUAGUAGCAAGAGUUCUCUUAAAACACUUGAUGGUGAAGAUGCUUUUAUAACUCCGAGUUCCGUUCAUGUGAAAAGUUCAUAUUAUGGUGGCGUCGUCCAAAAUGAAAAAGAUGAAGACAAACUUGCUCGCUGCAAUUUGAGCUUUUCGUUUAAAAGUCUAAAUUCAUUUAGAAAGGUGAUGAAUUCAUCUGGAGCCAUAGAGCUGAAAUCAUCACAAUAUGGGAAGAAUCGGAUCGAAGAGCAUAAAGAUGCGAGUCAAAUUGAUCAAAAGGCAAAGGAAAAAUCUCCUCACUCAUUAAAUGGUUUUGACGAAACAACAAAUGAAUCGUCUAACUCAUCGGCUAAAUAUACGAAUUCUAAAUCAAUGAAAGAAGAAAUUAAAAGUAUUUCAGUAGAUAGCUUGAAAGCAUUGCAAGGCAGCAAUGGUCAUAUACAUGAAGAUCGUGCAGCUUUUGUAGACAAAAACAACUUCAGAGAUCAUUGCAUGGAGAAGCCAGCAAUGAGUGAUGUCCAAAAAAGUUCUGGUGAGUUAGAAAUCGGUAGAAGGUCUUUACAUGGAAAGAGAGAGAGGAGUAGAGAUGAAGAGACUAGUAGAAAUUGUGAUGCCUUGAAUAAAUCAAGCUCAGAAUGUAGGUUUGGUCUGGAUAUCAUCCCCGACGAUGUCGUAGGACUAAUAGGUGAAAAGCAAUUUUGGAAAACAAGAAAAACUAUCAUCAAUCAACAGAGAAUCUUCUUCAUGCAAGUGUUUGAGUUACAUAGACUGGUAAAGGUCCAAAGAUUAAUUGCAGGAUCACCUAAUCUAUUGUUUGAAGACAACCUUGUACUUAACAAACCACCAACAAAAACACCCUCCCCCGAGAAACUACAAUCUAACUUUGUCAGUGAACAACCAUUGACCGUUUUUAAACACGACAGCAAGUCCGAGAAAGCCCCUACGUCCGAGGAUGUUAAAAACAGUGCAGUUGGGAACAUUCCCUUUCCUUGUGUGAACAACAUAAGCAAAGAACAUAAUCGGCUUUCAUAUUAUGGCAAUCAUCAUUUAGGAAAUCUUGCAUUAGCCUCUUCUGAUAAAAAUUCAAAUUCCAUUUCCAUUUCCAAACAAUCUUCAAGCAUUGUCUACCCCCCGCCACCAAACCAAUGGCUAGUUCCUGUCAUGUCUCCAUCUGAAGGUCUAGUAUAUAAGCCAAUCAUUGGACCAUGUCCUCCAAACGCCGGCGGCAUCAUGACACCAUUAUACGGCGCUUGUGGUGCAUUGAGCUUGACUCCAGGAACCAAAGAUGUUUUGGAUCCAUCUCUUACAAGUUUUCAUCAAAAGAUUGGAAUCCUUUCUGGUUCAUCAUUACCACAACUGUUACCACCAUGCGUUCCUUCGUUCAUGCAUAGAUCGAUAUCAUCUUCAUCUGUCGAACAAAUGGGACAAUCUAGUGGUCCUAAAAAUCGUCACUCAUAUGCAGAACUCAAUUCAGCAAUAUUGUACCAGAGUCCUUCAAACAUGUCUACUCAGAUAAGCCAAGUAAUGUCAAGAAAUAUUUCAACUUAUCAAUCAUUGGAAGAUAAUAAAGAAUUACAAGUAAGUACAGCCAGUAGUCCAUCCAAGAGAAUGAAAGGAGAUGAACUUCCUUUAUUUCCACUAGCUCCGACAUUUUGGUCAUCGCCAGAUCGCGACUCGCAUGUUGAACAUCAGUCAAAAGUAAUCAAAGCUCUUCCUCAUAAUAAAAAAUCAGCAAGUGAAUCAGCAGCCAAGAUAUUCAUGUCAAUACAAGAUGAAAGGAAAGUUUUGUAACUAGUUUCUAUAUAUAAUAUGUCUAAUAAAGCAAGAUAUUCUAAUUUGAAACUAUACCUUUACACUAACAAUGUAUCUAUAGAUUGAUAACAAUACUUAAGGCUUUUGGAGAGAGAUGAAGAAGAAGCAAACUUGGAGAAGCUGGAGAAGGAUUGUAAAUUCAUGGUAAAAUGCCAUUAAAAAUAAAUUCAUGUACCAACCAUUGUUGUGACCACCCAAUUUUGGGUCUCGAUCAAAUAAAGUUCAUUUCAUUUU